GUUCAAACCACUGUGAGUGAAGGUACCUAGGUAGGUACCUAAGAUAAGUACCUGAGGCUUAUUUAUGUGGCAUUUAAUGUGGCCCAUGAUAGUCUGAUCUUAUUACUAACCUUAUGUAGGUACCUAAGGUACCUAGUAUCAUUAUCCAUUAUCUAUUAUCUUGAACCCUUUGUUCUUAUCGCUGUUAAACCUCACCAUCACCAUCAUCACCACCGAUUCAACCUGUCACCAUUCCUAUUCAUAUCCCAUGUUCCAUGUCUCUGCAUCUUGUCUCAGUUAGCAACUCUCAAGCUUGCUUCCAAUUUAAAACCACCUAGUUAGUAUCUCAUUCUCCAAUCCCCAGACCAAAAAAAAAGAACCCCGGAUCCCUUACCCGAUAACAAAAACCCUUUUUUUACUCUCCCCACCCCCUCCCCCUCUUCUUCCCCAAGCUCACCCCAGCAAAAGAAGUGCCUCCUACACCGAAGACUUUACCAAGCUUACACCUGCUGCAAACUUUCCAGUCGCACGCCUCCCGGGAAGACGGGCGUUCCACCAAUAGCUUCCGCUUGACCUGGCUCGAACCCCAACGACCCCAAAAGAGGAAGCGUACCUGGAAAAAAAAAGUAGAUAAUGGACGACCCUUCGAGCCGUGAGUCUAACAAUGCACCGGCCGACGAGCCACAGCGCGCGCCAAACGCUCCAGCCCCUGCCAUGUCUUCGGGUUUGCCCUCUUACAUACCGCCGCUAUCUCGAGGUCACGAGCUUCCUUUUGUGCAGCCAUCAUCGUAUCUUAGACCUAAAUUUCGGAGUCGUACAACUCCUGUUCCAACGAUGCCAACGAGUCCCAUCGAUGAAGAACAGUUGCAAGGCCUAAAAGGCUUGCGCAACUUUCUUCGAGUCAGAACUAGCUACGAUGUCCUCCCGCUAUCUUUCCGCCUCAUCAUACUCGACAAUGAUCUACUAAUCAAAAAGAGCUUGGACAUUUUGAUCCAGAAUGGAAUCGUGUCCGCGCCUCUCUGGGAUUCUCAGCAGUCCAGGUUCGCCGGCCUACUUACCGCGACUGAUUAUAUAAAUUUGAUACAAUAUUACUGUCAAUUCCCCGAACAUAUCGACGAUGUAGAGAAAUUUAGAUUGAGCAGUCUUCGCGAUAUCGAAAAAGCAAUUGGUGUGCUUCCCCUAGAAACGGUGUCCGUCCACCCGUCAAGGCCGCUCUACGAAGCGUGCAGCCGUAUGCUUAAGAGUCGCGCUCGUCGUAUUCCCCUCGUCGAUAUCGAUCACGAAACAGAGAGGGAAACAGUCGUGAGCGUCAUUACACAGUACCGAAUACUCAAAUUCAUCGCCGUUAACACGGAGCAACAUACUAUGCUUCUUAAGCAGCCCGUUCGGGAGAUCGGGCUGGGAACGUAUACCAAUCUCGCAACCGCUAAGAUGACGGACUCCGUCCUGGAAGUAAUCAAUUUGAUGGUGGUGCAUAACAUCUCUGCGGUACCCAUUGUUGACAAGAAUAAUGUUGUACUUAACGUGUUUGAGGCGGUCGACGUUAUACCUUGUAUCAAGGGAGGCGCAUAUGACGAGUUGAAAUCGACAGUGGGAGAAGCGCUGACGAAGAGACCGGAAGAUUUCCAAGGGAUCUACACUUGUCAAGAGGAUGACAGGCUUGAUUCGAUAUUCGUCACGCUGCGCCAGUCUCGAGUGCAUAGGUUGGUAGUGAUUGACGAUAAUUGGCAUCUGAAGGGCAUCAUUUCGCUGUCUGACAUCCUCAAGUACGUCUUGUUUACCGGCGUUACUAGCGACGAAAUUGAGCAUUCCGCACCGCCGUAACGAGCUGAUGGGGUAACUCGACGCUUUUUGUAAUGACGCUACGAUACCUUGGAAACUGGAAACGACGGAAUACGAGGUCACGGAGUGAUAGUGUGUUAUUAGUAGGCAUUAUAGGGGAGUUUGGCGUUCGAAAGACUAAAGUGGUUGAUAAGGAUCAGUUCCUUUUGAGCCCGCAUGGUUUUCUUUCUCUCCAUAUCCUCACGCUGAUCUAAAUCGAGUACGAAUACGCUUGGGUUAAGGGAGGGAUUACAAGGUCUAGAUUGGGGAAGGGGGCACGGCUUGGUAGAAGAUGAAAAUGUCGGGAUCUACUACCUACCUUACCUAGGGUACCUAACCAUGAGACAGGUAUGGCACGUUAUUUAAGAGUACAAUAGAUUUUUUUUUUAGCAUUCAAAGGUUAGGUUUAUGAUAUAACCAUUUACCUAACCGGCCAGUUAAACCACCUGAGGUAGGUGGUAUUUGUAUGUAUCCUAAUUAGCUACAUACCACAUACCUACAUUAGGUAGGUAUAGAAGGUGUAUAUGUCUGCCAUUCUACACACACCUCUACCUCGUCUCUCUCUAUAUCCUACCUAAUGCUAUGUUGAACUGCUGCUGCACUUAACUACCU